AUGGCUCCCCGCGGGUCGCUGCUGCUGCUGGCGCUGCUGCUGCUCAGCUGUGCCCUGCCCCGCGCCCCCGCCCAGCACUGGUCCCACGGCUGGUAUCCGGGGGGCAAGCGGGACCUCCGGACCCCCCCGAACCUCCAGGUCCCGGCCCCUCUCGGGCGCUGCCGCCCUCCCCCGUGUCCCCCCCGUCGGGAGGAUCCUCUGCCGGGGCCCGCGCUGCUCCCCUGACCGGACCCAUCGACCCACGCGGGAGCGAGCCGGGACCACCCCGCGGAGAAUAAAGGGGCUGGGGG